CAACGAUGUUGAAACGUCAUUUCCGCCCAAAGCGGUACAGCCUUCAUUUUCUAAUUUUCUGUGUUUCUGUGAUUUAGAAUUCUCUGGAUUGAUAAUGGACUGAAAUAAACAGAAAACAUAUUUCCAAACAUGUAAUGGCAGAUGAAGAAUUGGAAAAGGAUCUGUAUAAAAAUUGGGUCCGCGGCGCAAAGGGUUUAGAGUACUUACAGGAAGGACUUCAAAAAUUUGUUGGAGGUAAAGUGCAGCAUUGUCGUAACCAAUCCUUACAAAAAAUAAUAAAUGGCUUGCCGACAGGAUCAGCGCGUCAGUGUAAUCACUGUACGUCUCAAAACCUUUUGCCUGAACACGCAAAGCAGAAGAACGCCUGUAACAGAAGCACGUGCAUAGAACAAUUCCCAAAUAACUGCUUUGGUAGUAAACCAAACGGUCGUAGAAAAUGUCCGAAUGGAAUAUGCAGUAAAUUAUAUGAUGAAAUCGUACUUGACCAUUCCUCGAGAGAUCCGCUGUGGAAGAACACAGAUCCAAGUUCUUGGGGUUCAGAUCGUCUCGGAUGGAGCUUUGCAAAAUGUUUCCAAACAACAACAGGCCCCGGUAUAUCAGCUAGCUUAACCGAUGCCGCCGGACUCCUUAGCAUUCUUAUCAAUAACCUUACAAUGCAGAACUGGCUGGCGUGCAAUGACAUGUCUUCAAAAGUAACGUGUCCUUUUAACAGGGCGAGAGACAUCCGUAAUGCAAUUCUGCAUAGUUCAAAACUCGAACUUGAUAACCCGACGUUAAGCUACUAUUUAGAUACAUUCAUGACAGUCCUUCAAGAUGCAAAAUGUCUACUACACUGUGAUGGGUCGAAACAAGCUGUUGAUAAACUGUUACAGUUAAAAAAGCAACAGAUCAAUAUAAGACAGGAGGAUGAAACGAAACUUAUCCAAAAUCGGAAAGAGGCUUUGUCUGAACUAGAGGAAAGGACAGCAGAAGGAUUGCGCGAAAUUGAUGACAGAACUGCAACUGCUAUAUCUACUUUCAAAAAAGAUGUUGAUAACAGGACAAACACUGCUUUGUCUGAGAUAGAGCAGACUAAAGCUACAGCCAAACUUAAUGUAAUAGAAGAGAAACGGAGCGCCUUGUCUGAUAUAGAAGAAGCGAAGAGGGGAGCUGAAAAGGACUUUAAGGAUAACACAAAAGCUGCCUUGUCUGAAUAAGAAAAGGCCAGAAAAGGGGCUACAGAGGGCGUUAACGAAAGCGCAAAGGCUGCCUUGUCUGAAUUAGAAGAAGGAAGGAUAAGGUCUGCACAGGAUGUUAAAAAAAGCACAAAAGGUGCCUUGUCUGAUUUAGAAGAAGCAAAGAAAAGGGCUGAACAAGAAAUUAAAAGAAGCACAAAAGACGUAUUGUCCAAAUUAGAUAAAGCAAAGAAAGGAGCUGCACAGGACGUUAAAGAAAGCACAAAAAAUGCCAUUUCUGAAUUAGAAGAAGCAAGCCAAGAGGCUGCAUUGGACGUUGAAGAAAGUACAAAAGAUGCCUUGUCGGAAUUAGAAAAAGCAAAGAAAGGGGCUGCACAGGACGUUGAAGAAAGCACAAAAGCUGCCUUAUCUGAAUUAGAAGAAGCAAAGAAAAGAGCUGCACAGGACCUUAACGAAGGUACAAAAGCUGCCUUGUCUGAAUUAGAAGAAGCAGGAAAAGGAGUUGCACAGAACAUUAUAGAAAGCACAAAAGUUGCUUUGUUUGAAUUAGC